AUAUCGAUACAUAUCUAGAACAGCUGUUUUUCUCAUCAUCGUGGGGUGGUACUAUGCACAGGUAUUUGCUGAAUAUAUCCUACAUUGGCACGACCUUUCGUGGUAUUCAGAAGACCGUAAACAAGUCGGAAGAGGCCCGCCUGGACACUAACACCAUUCAGGGCUGCUUGGAGUUGGCUUUGCGCGUUUUUCGGCCCACUAACGAUAUUCAAACAGUUCUUUCCAGUCGCACUGACGCAGGUGUACACGCUCUCCACUCGACGGUUCACGUCGAUCUGGAGCGGCAUGAUGGUCAGCCCUAUGAUACUACCACACUAACUGGUGUGCUUAACCGGACACUCGACAAACAGCGUCUUCCUAUCCGCAUCCUAAGCAGCCAGGUAGUGUCCGACACCUUCCAUUGCCGCUACCACGCCACCGGUCGUACCUAUCUUUACCGUUUCGCUGUCUCCCGAAAUCCUGGCACUUUGGAGAGCGGAAAGCUCCGAAACAAGGGUUACGAGUCUUUUGUUCCAGUUGAGGAACUCGAUCGUUGCUAUUUUCUACAAUCUACAAACUUCGACAUCGAACGAGUCCGGAAUGCGGCUCGAAUGUUCAUCGGAAUCCACGACUUUCGUACCUUCAUGAGCGUAAGCCGUCAAAAAAGCCCCUCACGUGAUCAUCCCAUGUUUACACUGCGCAAAAUCGACGAUAUAGCCAUCCGUCCAGGAAAAGCUCUUGCUGUGGCAAACAACGCCGCUCUGGCCGCGGAUACGUACGACUACUGGGACAUCGAGAUUCGAGCUAAAUCAUUUUUAUACAAGCAAGUAAGGCGCAUUGUUGGCACUCUGCUCGCCUUAGGUUGUGGGCGGAUCGACGAGAAAAGUAUUUACCAGAUGCUCACAAUUCCCUCAAAAAACUCGUGGGAUCACCGCGUUCUUCUGGCCCCUGCCUGCGGACUCUACCUGUGUCGUGUGCACUACCGGGAGGACCAAAAGUAA